UAAGGGGAAAAGAAUGGUCGUAAUGUACAUUGCAGACUACGAUCGCAAAAUGUCAACGUUGCUGGACGACUCCACAUACAAAGUCCUGCCGAAAGAUCCAACAUCAAAGUUCCAAUGGCAAAACAAUACGCUGGUCAGACGGUUGAGCAAUCUGGAGCUAAUCGACCAUUUCACUGCCAGUCGGUUAACAAGCAAAACUGCGACUUGUCCACGAAUAUACGGCCAACCCAAGGCACACAAGGAUGGGUUACCCCUUCGCCCCGUUGUGCCAAACAUAACGGCACCAACAUACCAGUUAUCCAAAUAUAUUGCGUCCGUUUUGUCGAAAGGUUUCAAAAGCGAGUACAACAUCAUCGACAGCUUUUCCUUCGUCAAAUACACCACCGCUGUGACGCUUCCAGCAGGAUACAUUCUAGUAUCUUUUGAUGUCGUCUCCCUCUUCACGAACAUCCCGAAGGACCUGGUUAUUCGCGACAUCAUUAUGAACUGGGACACCAUAGGAAAAGCAACAAAUAUCAACCUGGAUUUGUUCCUUGAGAUGGUGAGCUUUUGCAUAGAUAGCAGCUACUUCAAAUUCCGGGACAAGUUCUAUCAACAAACAUUUGGUACAGCUAUGGGCAGUCCUCUUUCGCCAAUACUUGCGGAAGUAGUCAUGGAAGUACUUUUAAGGACUGUCACAAAGAGACUGAGUUUCCCACUCCCAGUCAUCAAAAAAUAUGUGGACGAUUUGUUCGUAGCACUACCAGAAGACCAAAUAGAACAUACGCUACAGAUAUUCAACAGCUACAACCAACACCUGCAGUUCACCGUUGAGAAGGAGGCCGACGGAAGGCUUCCAUUCCUCGACACCCUGGUCAUCAGAAACCCAGAUCAGACCAUAUCUACGCAAUGGUAUUCCAAACCAAUAUCUUCAGGACGACUGCUAAACUUCCACUCAUUCCACCCCAUAAGCAUGAAGAUAAACGUCGCCGCAAACUUCAUCAAGCGGGUGACCUUGCUCACCACCAAUCUCAACCAACAACAGCAAUCCAACAUCAUCUUCCACCACCUCCGCUCCAACAACUACCCGUCGUCGUUGAUCAACCGCUUGCUAUGCCGAGCAAAACCGAGGGCCUCGAUAACAGAAGUCCCGCAUGAUACACCAACAACAUCCAACGUAGGCCACCUCCAAGAGUUAAACGAAGAAAACCAUCCUCACGCCGGCAGCAUCACCUCCAGAGGCUUGCAAACUCCAUUGGACCAAAACACUCCAGCCAUCCAACCCCAGCAGCGAUCACCACCUUCCACAACCAACGGACAGCAGCUCACCGAAUACAGAAGCAUCCCCUUCAUUGAAAAUCUCAGUCCUACAAUCGCCAACAUCCUAAAAGCCGAUUUUCCACAGGUACGAAUUGCCUACAAAACAUUAAAAAACACAAAUAACAUCCUACGAUCAGUUAAAGACCCCCUUCCUUUACUCGACCAAUGCAACGUUAUUUACAGUCUAGAAUGCACAGACUGUAAACAAACAUACAUUGGAAUGACCACAAACCAGUUAAAAACUAGAAUGUCUGGACACAAGAGCAAUGUUAACCAAUACACCAAAUUAAUCCAAAGCAAUGACACACACACAAAUGAAGAAAUCCUAAGACUAGGCGAAAAAAACGGCAUUAAUGAAACAUGCCAUUGAAAACAACCAUAUGUUCAAUGUUGCAAACCCAAAAAUUCUCGAUAGGGCCAAUAGAAAAUCAACACUACCAACACUAGAGAUGUGUCACAUCAUCCAUACACCUAACACAGUCAACCACCGUACAGACAUACAAGGUCUAAGUACAACGUACGCAGGACUAUUCCACACAAUUAAACAGUCCACCACACGUAGACAAACCCCAGCCAUAUCAACAAUAGAACCAAUUCCACACCUCCUAAAUGAAACCGAUGAACGUGAUCCAUAAUCACCACAAAAUUCACCAACCAUUUUGAAACGAUCGUUACCAGUGCUGUGAAGUCCAAUCAAAACUAAAUAUAUUAAAAAAAACCUUUAAAAACAACAGGUAAUGAAAAGGCAGGCUAAACACAAAUGGUUAGGCAACUAUAUACACGGGAGACGAUAGACACUAGUGAGUAGUUAUAUGUUUUAUGUUAAAUGUUAUAUGUAAAGUGUUAAAUACAUGUUUUAGCGACCCUUGAGAAAGGCCAAAACCCUUCGGCCGAAACGU